AUGGCGACACGCGACGGCGCCAUAUCUCCGGUGUCGAUUCGAAGAGAUUCCGGCAGCGCGCCGAGUUCACCGACUCAUGAUGGCCUCGACAAGGUCGAGCUUAGCGAUCUCGAAUCAACACCACCGCAACUGCCGAUUGAGCAAGAUUUGAUGCAACUGGCGAGAUUGGGAGAACUGCGAGCCAUACAGAAGCUCUUUGACAGCGGGAGGUACGCAGCAAGAUCGACAGACGAACAAGGCAUUACGCCUUUACAUUGGGCUGCAAUCAAUGGCCACCAUGCUCUGUGUCACUUCUUAAUACAAUCCGGUGCCGACGUCAAUGCGAAAGGCGGUGAUGCUCAGGCCACACCUGUUCUAUGGGCGAGCAAGCGCUUCAACCUUCAAGUCGUAUCGUUGCUGCUGUCAAGUGGCGCCGACCCGUUGAUUCGGGACGAUCAAGGCUACAACCUGCUUCACUCGGCCACCUUGGACGGCAAUGUCUAUCAACUUAUCCUCCUCCUCCAUCAAUCAGACUUACCCGUCGAUGUUCAGGACGCACAAGGUCACACAUCACUGAUGUGGGCUGCCUACAAGGGGUUUCCACCUUGUAUAGACAUUCUGCUUCGCUUUGGAGCGGACGUGCACGCUGUAGACGACACGGGUUUCACGGCACUCCACUGGGCGUUGGUCAAGGGUAACUAUCUCUGCAUCCAGAAGUUGGUCGAGCACGGCAGCGAUAGAUUCGCGCGCAGCAAGCCAGUCGAGGGACAAACAGAAGGAGACACGCCCAGCAUGACAGCUGCAAAGAUGAAGAGCGAGCGUCAGUGGCACAAAGCACUAAUCGACUCGGGUUACGACGAAUCCGGCAGUCCACUCAGCUUCCCGAUUCCCAUGGUCCGCGACAGGAGGAAGUUCUUUAAGCGAUUCUUUUUCUUUUGGCCAUUCAUCCUGGGCGGUCUUCAGCUACAGAUGCUGGCGUAUAUGAAGAUCUGGCUCUCGUUACCAGGUGUGCUGAUUGUUGGUUACGGCGCACAAUUCACCGUCCAGAAGCUUUUCCGAUGGGCACCAAGCGAUAUGAACACCAUGCACAAAACACCAUUUCUCGCGGGCAUAUUUGCGGCGACUCUUUUCUGGGUCGGGGUUGAAUACGUUUCGGCCAUUCUUCCCAACACCCUAUUCUCUCACAUCUUCCUCAACGCAGCCUUUGCGGUCUGCUAUGGAUUAUGUGCUUACUUUUACCUCAUGACGAUGACUGCAGACCCUGGCUUCAUACCCAAAGGAGCCAGCAGAGGACAGACGAAGAAAACGAUUGACGAGUUGGUGGAACAUAAUGCAUUUAAUGAGGCGCAUUUCUGUACAGCAUGCUWGAUUCGAAAGGCAUUGCGGAGCAAGCAUUGCAGGCGUUGCGGGCGGUGUGUGGCGAGAGAAGAUCAUCAUUGUCCGUGGGUGGACAACUGCGUUGGUGUGAACAACCACAAGCAUUUCAUCCUUUACGUGGUGUUUAUGAUUAUUGGUAUCGCUUUCAUGGUGCGACUCACCAUCGUCUACCUCGAGAGUUUACCCAGACCCAAACCAGAAGAUCUGCAAUGCACAUUCCUCAGAGAUGACCUAUGUGCGGAAUUCUCAAAGGAUCCUCUCACCCUCGUGACCAACGCCUGGGGCGCUCUUCAACUUACCUGGACCGUCAUGCUGCUCUUCGUGCACCUCUUCCAAGUCGGCAAGAACCUGACCACCUUCGAAAGCAUGCGGAAUACCCAUCAGGUCAACCCAGUGCUAUCGGCAAUGACGACUGGUACAAUGUCCAUGGAGUCUGCCCAAGUCACCGGAACCGGCGCCGAAACACUCGACGGACAUGGUCACAAGCACGCACAACGCAAAAAGGAAGGCUGUCUAGCUCGCUGGUCAAAACUCAUCGGAUUGGACACUUUCUUCGCCAUCGCUUUUCAAGGCUACAAAGGUAGCAAGACUGUGAAGCAGAAACCUACUAAGAAAAACAAUCCCUUUACGAGAGGUUUGUUCCGGAAUUGUCAGGACUUCUGGAUGGAUGGUCCGAUCUUUGGGAGGAAGGAGAGUAAUCGGGGUCUGAUUGGUGGUGAAUUGGUGGACUAUGCGAGCAUGUAUGAGGUUCCGAAGGGAGGAAUGCGGUAUCGAGAUGGUGGCUACGAGGCAGUACCUGGCGAGACAGAUGCUGUUGAGGAUGGGGAGGUGUGA